GAACUGUUUACGCCGGAAUGCAAGUUUAAAGAGUCUGUGUUUGAAAACUACUAUGUGAUCUACUCAUCCAUGCUGUAUAGGCAGCAGGAGUCGGGGAGAGCAUGGUUCCUUGGCUUGAAUAAAGAUGGCCAGGCCAUGAAGGGGAACCGGGUGAAGAAAACUAAACCAGCUGCUCACUUCCUGCCCAAGCCAUUAGAAGUCGCUAUGUACCGAGAGCCAUCAUUGCAUGACGUGGGGGAGACAGUGCCCAAACCUGCCGUGCCUCCCAGUAAAAGCACAGAGCCGGCCGUCAUGAACGGAGGCAAACCUGUCAGCAAGGAAACCAAGCCCACCACAUAGCCAGAUCCCAGCUCGGCCAUGCUCAACCCCGGAGAGCCGUGCUCCUUUUGUCAGACUCUCCAUGUUUGUGGAUCAGAUCCAGGCAUCCUCUGCUCUCUCCUCCCCAUUCCCUCCGCCUCUCUUCACUCCUCUGACUGUUCCGAUCUAAUUCGACGACGGACUGGCUCCGGAAGAGUGGUCAGCUGUGCACGUAGGAGGAUGCAACUGGAUAAACCAGCUAAACUUUCACCAUGGAAUGCCCUAACUGAUAUGGAAUGCCUUUUGAUAUACAAUAAAGCCGAUGUUUUUUCUCUAAUCGAGACAAUCCACGAGAAUGAAAUUGUGUACCGCAGGCGCUUGCGUGGCGGUUCUUUUGCCUGCUAACAGUCACCCGUUAUAACCCUUUUCUUGAACCCUGUCGCAGCAGAGACCGUACGUUUCAGAUCUAUUUUCUAUAUGCGCAGUAACACCAGCCACGCACUGGGGUAAUACUGUAAAGAUAUACAUAUAUGAACUGCAGUCCACACCUUUUUUAUUUUGAUCAAGUACACUCCCGUGUCUCUUACUUUCUAGGUGUCCCCCAAGUUUGAGUCUCCAAACCUUUCCCUUUUGUCAGUUGCUUACAAAAUUUGUUGUCGGGGCAGUGUGCAAUGCGUUCUGGUUUGCAGUUAUCCAAAACACAACGACGAAUUGUCCUUUCAUGACACCGAUGGUCAAGAGACGUCAAUCUUUCGAGGGGACGGAGCCUCCUAAACAGAAUCAAACUCAUUUACAAGGUUCAGUGCUCAUGUCUUCUCAUUCUCGUAAUAUCUAGGAAGGGACGCAAGUAUACUUAGACAGCAAAUGCCAGCGAGUGCAUUAGUCAUGCUCGCCGCAGUCAAACACAAAGAGCUGGCAUGUACUGGGGUAAGGUGUAUAGAGUACAUAUCACUAUCUAGUAUGGUGCAGAUCGAUUUUAGUCCCAGUAACUAGGUGAGAUUCCACUUUUCUUUGCUCUUAAUUUAGAGCGUGGGCUCUAGGAAUAUCUAUAGGCCUUGUAGGCCUCUGGUAAAGGCCCCUUUUUGACAUGCUGACUCUGAACUAUGGGCUAGGUCGGGUGGGUGAACACAUUAAAUGUGACGAGAGUGGCAGCCGUAAAGAAAUACAGUCUACUUCAGGCCUGUGCGCUAAAGUGGCUCAAUUUAAGUAGGCACCAUUACUAUUGGCUGCUCACCCAUUUUGUUCAGCAGAGGCAUGGGCAAGGUUAGUAUUAUCAUGUUGUUCUUGCAGCGCUGAUGCAGUGCAAGAAAUGGCUUCUAUAACGAUGUUUUCACUGUAUACAAAUAAAAUAAAAAUCUUGAAAAAAAAGUGGUAAAUAAAUAAAUAGAUUUUUAACUAUCAGAUAUUACAAUUCUGAAACGAGAGGGUUUUUUUCCUAGCUCAGCAUGCAGAGUCCAGUACUGCUCAUCAUGUGCCUGUGAUGACCUCUAACCCAGCAUGCAAAAACAUGUACCCAGUCUGUGCUGGGUUAAAGGUGCCUCAAGCCCCAGAUACACACACACACACACACACACACACAUGAACAGAGACAGAUUCCGUAGCAACGAAAUACACAGAAGUCAAUUGUUACCAAAGUUCGUAAACACGAGAAUCCAGCCGAACAAAUAUCAGCAUCUUGGAGGAUGUCGGUCCUCUGCGGUUUUUGUCCUCACUGUGACUAGGGUUCAUCAUAAAGAACAAUUGUCUCGACUUUUUAACAGUCUCGAUUCCAAAUGAUGUCCUUCACUUCGAUUGUUCAUUUAGUACAAGAGCGGGGUACCUAUUACUAAUCACCUGCAUGCAUUUUCUUAAGGACCAAAGUAUGGGACGGCUAGAAGUGUCUAAAGCUAGUUUGAGGCGUAGGGCUACAAAUGAAUGGGCAUGAUUAUAUAAGGCUCUCUCAUACUCUGGAUUGAGACCAUUGCACUUUGCGUUUGAAAUCGUCAUCUACUCACAUCUACUUAGGAUUUGAACAAUUAGCCAAUUAUCAGCUGAGCUGACAUGAAGCCUGUCUUGCUUUAACAGUUUUCAUAGUUUGAAUGAUGAAUACAGUUUAGAAUGUUAUGAAGUAGAACGAGGCUAUGCUGCUAAAUACAAAUAUAUCGUACACUUCAUUUGAAGACCUAUAUUUUAAUUUAUUGAGAGUUUGAGCUAGUUUCAUAUUAGGAGAUGUUCAAGCACAUUAGUUAGAGUUAAAUAUUUGUCUGUACAAAGCCGAAUUUAAUGCUAGAAUGACAUGCCGCACUAUACAGGAAAAGUAGCUUCAUAUUGGAAAUCAGUUCGAGGCUGGUGUCCCACUUCCACACGAAACAAAUCACUCACUCCAAUGAGCUCUACAUGCUGGGCUACUGCGGCCCUGCAGACCAGUGAACUGGUUUUACGAAGGUUGAAUUUAUUUUUGUAAGUGACUGGUAAGUGAGUAUGUGUGCAUUUGUUAGUAUGUUUGUUUGUUUUUCCUCUUUCAAACGUCAAACGUGUUUGUUUCGUUCCAUUCAGGUCGUGCGUUACGUCGUUAAAUUGUAAUGAGGAGCAAUCGCCGAGCAAACAAUUGAUCAUUUCUGUGUUUUUCUCUGUAUUCUUGAGUUUCAGUGGUGAAGGAAGGUCUCCAUUGUCUGUUGGUUGGUUUUGAACAUUGAUUUGACAGUUACUUCAUCUGUUGCAUGGGAAGAGGGUGGCAUAUAUGAACUGCAUGUUGUAGGCUAUGUGUAUCAUGGACUGUUGGUAUGUUCUGCUAAUUUUACAUACAUAUAUGCAAAGAGUUUGUCUGCACUGUACAGUUUGUGUUUGUUGUAUACACAGAUACAACAUAUU